AUGGCCCAGAUCUCUGUGUGGCUGAUGGCAGGGGCCAUGCUCUGCUCCAGCCCUGCUGGCGCUCUGGAAGGGGAUGCACUUUGGAUGCAGAGAACAGAUAACCUGAGAGUCUUCAAUAUUUUGAGGCAACUGCAAAGGACCCCCCCUCACUUAUGCCUGGGUGACAGAAACAACUUCACAUUUCCCUGGAACAGGGGGACCAUCCCCCAAAUGCACAAGACACAAAGGACCUGUCUGCACUAUCAGAUGCUCCUGCAGAUGUUCACCCUCUUCAGCGCACAGUGCAGCCUUGCUGCAUGGGACCACACCCUCCUCUCCCAGCUCCUCUCCAGCCUCCAUCACAGCCUGGAGCACCUGGAGCAGCUGGAGCACCUGGAGCAUUUGGAGGAGAGGGAAGGAGAAGAUCGGGCUUGUCCCAAGGUUAGAAUUCUCCUGCGGAAGUAUUUCCAAAGAAUCUAUAACUACCUGAGAGGGAAGAACUACAGCGCCUGUGCCUGGGAAGUGGUUAGAGUGGAAAUGACACUUCGCAUUGCAAUCAUGUACCGAUCCUCAAAGGAAAGUCAACCCACUCAGAAUUAG